AUGCAUCUCCCUAUUUUGACUGCAGUCCUUCUUGGACUUGUCCUGACUCCAGCCCUUGCUGAUUACCAUCAACAGACUGAAGUAAGCAAGAAAAUCUCCAUUGGUGGAGGCUACCAAAUUAUGACCAUCAAUAAGAAAUGGCUGGUGGCAAGUAUUGAGCAAAAGACCAACCAUGGUUACUGGAAAACCAUCUGGAACUAUGACACGGGCUUUAUGGCAACCAAAGUGCUGCCAGAGAGAGCUUGCUACAUUUCCAUAAUGAACAGAACAGAGAUGCCCAGCUUUGAUGCACUUCCCCAGCUGGCUGCAGACAUCAGGAACCAGAUUCGUCCAAGACCCCCUACAAAGGAGAUCACAUUCACCCUUGUGAAGAGAAUUAUUCGUGACCUCGAAUCAUAUGGACCAGACAUCUUCUCUAUGUGCAGAGGGCUCUCAACUUAUGUGGCUUAUGAAGUUCAUGGACCCCAGUUCAAUCUUGGAUCAUGCAUCAAGCUCGAUGUCCUUCAAUAUUUGGCCCUCACCUACUGCCAUAAUGAUAACUUUGUGUAA